CAGUCGGUCUCGGACACACGGGCGGCCAGGCCCGUAGCGCGCCGGCGCGCGACGCGGGCGCCCGAGCAAUCGGAGGGGGGGCGCCGGGAACGAUCUUCGCGGAUCUCGAUCUCUUUCCUCAAAAUUUCUGCAAUACGCGUGUACAAUCGUGAUGCGUUCCAAGACAACGAACCGUAAUGCAAGUAUUAUAUAUUUUUUUCCAAGUAUUUUUUUUCUCAAUGUCGCGUGAAUUCAGCUCCGUUUCGGUCUUAUCUCGAAGUAUUCUCGACAUUCGGUCACGACAAGCUUUUGCGAAUCGACGCGGAUCGCGCGCAAAAGCGACGCUGCAUUUUCGGGAUUCGUUUCGGGAUCCGUUAAGGAUUCAACGAGCUUGCGAGCAAACUCUCGGCGCGAUGUGGGUCAAGGGUGUCGCUUCCCCGUGGGUACGACGCUGACGUACCGGAAUCUCGUGCUACUUGCGUCCGCACGUCUUUUACGAGCUAUUGUUUGAACGCGUUCAAAAGUUGUGUCGUCAUCAUCGUCAUCCCCGAACGUUCGAUCCCUGGAUAAUAUCAGCGCCCCUGACGGGGCGACGCGGAAGAGGACGGCGGAACGGCUGCUGAUUUUUCGAGGGGAUUUAAAAUCGCCGACGGCGACAUCUGAACCGUCGGCUGCUCCUCGCACGACACAUGUGCGAUGUGAACGACGAGGUGAGACAACGACGACGACGACGACGCGCGGCGACGCGUUGCUCCUGGUGCUCGAUUUAAGCAUAGGUUCGAGGUACACGAGGUUUCCUUCGACGAGCGGCUGUAAUUCAUGGCAAGCGCUCUGCUGCGAAACACGACGCGCCUCGUGAGAUCGGCCAGGCAUCCGAUAAUCGCGAGCAACGGUAGGUGCAUCAUGACGACGCGGGCGAGACUCGACAAGGUCCUCGAGGAGCUGCAGAGGAAUCCGUAUUACGACAAGUACGCCAGGAAGAUCGCGCGGCUGCAGCAGACCAGCCCGGAGGAGUUUCUGCAACGCGUCGAGCAACAGGAGAAGGUUCGCGAGAAGCAAGUUAAACGCGUAAUUGCAAAUUAUCAGCCUUCGAAAUUAGCGAUAUUUCCAUUCCUAUUCAAAAAUAUACAGUCAUCUUGGAAAACAGUAAAGAGGCAAUAUGUACAAGAUUUAUCUCAAAAUAAAUAUAUUACUACACCGAUUUUUUACGUAAACGCUGGUCCUCACAUUGGACAUUUAUACAGCGCAGUUCUAGCCGAUGCCGUUGCUCGAUAUAACAACAUGUUGGGCCAUAAAACAUUUUUUACCACCGGUACCGACGAGCACGGUAACAAGAUUAAAGCCGCCGCAGCCGCAGCUGGUCUACCGAAUCUCGAAUAUUGUACAAAAAUUUCGCAGCAGUUUAGGAAGAUGUGCGAUAGGUUCGAAGUGGAUUAUUCGUGUUUCAUUAGAACCACUGAAAAGCGGCAUUGUGAUGCAGUGUAUUACUUUUGGAAAUUGUUGGAAGAAAGGGGGUAUAUCUACCUAGGAAAAUACUCGGGAUGGUAUUGCGUAUCGGACGAGGCGUUCCUUUCUGAUGUAGAUGUGGUGGAACAGAAAGACUCGACUGGCAAAGUAAUCAAAGUCUCUGCGGAAUCGGGAAACAGGGUAGAAUGGACAGAAGAAGAAAAUUACAAGUUCCGACUUAGUGCAUUUCAAGACGAUCUCAAGUACUGGCUCAAAGAUGAAAAUACAGUCAGACCAGCGCUGUAUCAUAAAACAUUAUUCCAGUGGGUACAAGAAGGUGCAUGUUUACAAGACUUGAGCAUUACUAGAAUCAGAAAUAAAGUACCAUGGGCUAUACCUUCCCCAUGUGACGAAUCUCACUCGAUAUACGUGUGGAUGGAUGCCUUAGUAAAUUAUCUAACGGUCUUAGGAUAUCCAAAUGAAUCAUACAAAGAAUUUUGGCCACCUACUAUUCAAAUAAUUGGAAAAGAUAUUUUGAAGUUUCACGGUAUCUAUUGGCCAGCGUUCUUAAUAGCAGCAGGUCUCGAACCUCCAAAGACAUUGCUGUGUCACGCUCACUGGACCGUUGAACAUAAGAAAAUGUCAAAAUCAAUAGGAAACGUAAUCUCGCCAUUUGAAGCUGCAAAUAAUUAUUCAGAAGAGGGAUUACGAUACUUUAUUCUGAGAGAGGCGGUGCCACAGAAUGACGCAAAUUUUAGCUCAACGAAAAUUGUUAGUAUAUUGAACUCCGAAUUGGCGGAUACACUGGGCAAUCUAGUCAGUCGUUGCACAGGUAAAGCGGUCAAUCCGUCUAGAGAGUUUCCCGAUCCGGCGAAAUACUGGAACGUGUUGCAAUCUCAUGCGGCUGACGAGACCAGAGAGGCUUUAAAAUCCGUGGGCGGGAAAGCGCGUGAGAGUUACGAGGAAUACAAUUUGCAUCACGUUGUUGACGCGGUUAUGAAUAUGCUCCAUUGCGCGAAUAAAAUGGUGGCAUAUCACGAGCCUUGGCAGCUGAGGAAACAAGUCAAUGAUACGGAUUCGAUCGAAGAACUUAAAGCUGUAAUAUCACUCGCUCUGGAGAGUAGUAGAAUAGGCGCUUUAAUACUGUAUCCAAUUGUACCUAGAUUAAGCAGUAGUUUGCUAGAUUUUUUAAAUAUCCCAAAGGAGAAUCGCAUGUGGACGGAUACUGCGCCUGAAUUUUUCAAUAACAAUUGCGCGAAAGAAAGACAAAUCGAACGUAAUAAUCUAAUAUUGUUUAAGAAGAUAAGGAGUCAAUAAAUAUUUAUAUAUCUAUUAUUUGUCUUUUAAUUGUGGAAUCGAGAGAAGAGUAUCUCUGUAUUAGUCUUUUUACAUGUAAAACCUUCAAAACGAUUAGACAAAAUUUAAUGAAAAGUUAAAUCAUGUUAAAUAUAUUUUUGCAAACUAAAUUUUUGGAAGUUUUAUAAAUUUUUUCGAGUAAUAAACAUUUUUAAUGCAUUAUUAGAAUUUAUUAGAUCAGUCAGGUGAAAUUAAGAACGAGAUACUCUAUCUUCGCUCAUUUGUGAGAAAUAGUUUGGACUGCAGAGUUAAAUUUCAUAUAUCAUAUCAAACAUAUAAAUGAAAAAAAUAUCCUCUUUCAACGCUAGCUAUUUGUUUUGUAUGUUUCAUAGUGGGACAUAGGAAUCGGACGAAAGAGAAAAAAAUCACGAAAGGUAAAAAAGUCACAAGUCAGAUACUCUUGUCGAAGUCUUAAUCUAAUAUAUUUACAGAGAACGGUCAUUCGAUUAUAUCAGUAGUAUACAUCAACAUUGCGCACAGAUCCUGCCGGCUAGAGAGUUUCUACGCUGUUCCUUCAACCGUUUGCCUACAGUCUGUAACGCACGCACCCACAUUGUGACAUUCCUCUUUCGUUUCCUCUCGCGCUGGAUCGCAGUGCGCUUUGUAUUGUAGAUAUAGAUGUACCAAGGAAGCUCGACGGAUCCUCGCGAGCGCUAAAUUGACGACUCGCGACUACUUCCUUCCACUUGGAUAUGUGAUGCAGUAUUGAGUUUGAGAUUCGACGGGUGCUCGACGACAAUUUUUUAUUACUUACAUUCGAUGAGCGCGCCCAUUAGACGAGAGAUCGCGUUUCCGCGAUUUGCUUCCCGUCGUGUACCUCUUUUUUUUCGCGCCCGUCAAAUAGAAAAAUAAUUAAAUGGCUAUUUACAAGAUGGAAAAUGAAUUUCAUAGUUGACGGCGCAGCGCGUCACGCGCGCCGCUCUCUGCACUGACCUAUUGCUAUUAAGUUUUUUCCUUUUUUUUUUUUAAAUACAUUUCCCAUGAUGUUUUGACAGACGUUACUUUAGAAACAUAUUGAUUUUUUUUUUUUUUUAGUAACAUCCAGCUUUUUAACAUGAGCUAUCGACAUUGCUAUCGACAUUGCUCCAUUAAAGAGAUUGCUUGACAAGAUUAGUAUCCUAAGCGCUACACUUUGGAUUCUUCUAUUAAUCGACAAAUCCCACUCUAAGCCUGAAGUCGUACCUUAUAAAAGAAGAUAAGGAAUAAAUAAAAAAAAAA